AUGUAUAACCACUACUAUUUAUACGAAAAGGACCACGUCCUCCAAACGGUGGCGGUCACCACCCUCCCAGAAUCCUCUCAUCAAGAUAACAGCUACUGGGUGAUCCUCAUACACGGUGGCGCCUGGCGAGACCCUUCGCAGACCUCCAUCGGAUACCUCACCCGCGCCGCAUCCAUCCUAACCACCUCGCCGUCCUACACCACCACCACGCUUCCUCGUAUCGCCGGCCUCGCCUCCAUCGAAUAUCGUCUCAGUCCGCACCCAGCGCAUCCGCAGGACCCGCAAACCACCGACCCGCGCGCCCUCCGCGCCGCCAAACACCCCGAUCAUCUGAACGACGUGCAGGCCGCGCUGCGCUUCCUACAGCGCAAGUUCGGCUUCGGAGAACGGUAUCUUCUCGUCGGACAUAGUUGCGGGGCGACGUUGGCGUUUCAGUCGGUGAUGGCGGGGUUGCGCGGAGGUGAUGGAGGAAGUGAUGAUGCAGAGAAGGUCAUUCCAUCUCCGAUGGCGAUCCUGGGCGUCGCGGGGAUCUAUGAUCUCAGGCUUCUUCGGGAUACGUUCUCCGAUGUGCCUGUCUAUCAGGAGAUCGUGGAGGGGGCGUUCGGUAAGGACGAGAAUCUCUGGGAUGAGGUCUCUCCUGCGGUGGUGCAGGGUCCCAGUGGCGUGGUGGGGUGGGAGGCCGGUCGGUUGGCCGUGCUGGCUUACUCGACGGAGGAUGAACUCGUCGAUCCCUCGCAAUGGAAGGCUAUGAAGCAGGCGUUGACGGGGUGGGAGGACCAGACCGAGGAAACGAGUCGGCGGGUGGAAAUGCUGUCCCUCACCGGCCAGCAUGACGAAGCCUGGGAGAACGGGGAAGAGCUAGCGAGAGCGAUUGCUUUCACGAUCGAGAAGCUCGACGGUUGA